UGAUGUUUAUCAGUUUGUUGAAAAAAAAAAAUCACGUAAUUACGUCGUACUGUACUGCGUAAAGCCAAGUGUCCCUGUUCGCCUGACUGGGAAGCCCCUAGUGCGGAGCUGCCAACGCCCGACGUAAAGACACAAAUAGGAGUUACGGUAUUGGAUGUGAAUACUAGAAAAGAGAGCUAUGCAGACCAUUAAGUGUGUCGUAGUUGGGGACGGUGCGGUGGGUAAAACCUGCCUGCUCAUCUCCUACACCACAAACAAGUUCCCCUCUGAAUAUGUACCUACAGUGUUUGACAAUUAUGCUGUAACUGUAAUGAUCGGAGGUGAACCCUAUACUCUGGGAUUGUUUGAUACUGCAGGUCAGGAAGACUACGACCGGUUACGACCUCUGAGUUACCCCCAGACCGACGUCUUCCUUGUGUGUUUCUCUGUAGUGUCCCCCUCGUCAUUUGAAAACGUCAAAGAAAAGUGGGUUCCAGAAAUCACCCACCAUUGUCCAAAGACCCCCUUCCUGUUAGUCGGCACUCAGAUCGACUUGCGAGAUGACCCCUCCACAAUAGAGAAGCUGGCAAAGAACAAGCAAAAACCCAUUACUCCGGAGACAGCGGAGAAGUUGGCAAGAGACCUCAAGGCUGUGAAGUAUGUGGAGUGCUCAGCCCUCACACAGAAAGGCCUAAAGAAUGUGUUUGAUGAGGCGAUAUUGGCCGCGUUGGAGCCCCCAGAGCCCAAGAAGAAGCGCAAAUGUGUGCUGCUAUGAGAUGCUUCCGCCUUGCACAGCAUACACACGUUACACACACGACUCACACCGGCCCCGCCCCAAGCACCCUUACCAAACAAUUCCAUUACUCGCGUUGAUAGACAGCAAUCCCCCCGCCAAAGGGAUGUCUCUCUGCAAUAAGACUCUUUACUCUUAAAUUGGAUUAUUUUAGGGUAGAAGAUUAGCCGACUCAGGCCAACGGUUUAGGCGGGCUGUGCAGAGUCAUUGCCGCUAAUGGGGAUUAUGAUAUGUGGAAUUAAAGACGAAAAGCUUUUAAAUAGAUUUAUUUAAAUACGCUCAGUGUUGUGGCCUGAUCGACAUUUUACAGGGUUUCCGCAGGUCAUUAAUAAGUAAUGGAUUCAGCAAAAAUUAAGGCCUUAAAUGGCAUUAAAAAGCAUCAAAUUUGAUUACAAAAAUAUUGCUAUUUAUACAAGUCGGCAAUUAAAGGCAAGCAGCUGUGUCAAUGUUCUGUCACCACGACGCCACCACAACUGGCAGCUGCUGCUACCACUACAAAAAAAUAAAUAAAUAAAAUACAGUACAGGCCAAAAGUUUGGACACACCUUCUCAUUUGAAUGUUUUUUUUAAAUUUCUUUUCAAGACUAUUUACAUUGUAGAUUGUCACUGAAGGCAUCAAAACUAUGACACCUGUGAAGUGAAUUCUUGAAGCUCAUGAAGAGAAUGCCAAGAGUGUGCAAAGCAGUAAUCAGAGCAAAGGGUGGCUAUUUUGAAGAAACUAGAAUAUGAAACAUGUUUUCAGUUAUUUCACUUGUUUUUUUUUUGUUAAGUACAUAACUCCAUGUGUGUUCAUUCAUAGUUGUGAUGCCUUCAGUGACAAUCUGCAAUGUAAAUAGUCAUGAAAAUAAAGAAAAUGCAUUGAAUGAGAAGGUGUGUCUAAACUUUUGGCCUGUACUCUAUAUUGUCAGAUUAAACAGUCUUGUGAGCCAAUUCUAGUUUGCUAGAGAGUCGCAGUAGUCAAGAUUAUUAUUGUCAAAUGCUUCCAAUUUUGUCUAUACAGACAAUUGUAAGCUUUUGACUAUAUAAAAUAAUUUUGUCAAAGUUUGUUUUCAUUAAAAAGCAUUAAAUUAGACCAGCCCAUACCUGCAGAAACCCUGUUAUAAACGCCCAACCGUUGUGGAGUUUUCACGACGCAAGCCCCGCCCCCUCGUCCUCCCGAGUCUUUCCACACGUUCUCAGUACCAGAGGACACAACGGAAAGGCGCUCGUUUUGUUUUUGUUUGCCUUCACCUCCAAAACGCCCGACGUUCCAACCACUAAGUUUUAACAGCUGUGUCGGUGUCCUAAAUGUCAUUCCUGGAAGGGUUUUGCGGUUCUUCCGGAACGCGCUCAUUCCGGGAGGAGUGGAAAGAAUGGCCACACGGGUGGAACCCUUACCUGAUCAGUGUUAGAUGCGUUGACCCGGGACCAAGUUAGAGUGCAGCAGGAUCCUCGUAGACUUUAAAAGGUUCACUACAUGUCUUUACAGUGUCACGCUGGCAAACUAAAAUGUGAUUGUCAAGGGAACACGGCCGCUGCUUUGUAACCUUUUCCACAGUGGGAGCGGAGUGUUGCUCAGAUGAACUAUGGCACACAUCUAAGUUGUUUUACCAAAAUGUUUAUUUUUCUUCAUUUUUAUCGUUUGUGAUAUUUACAUCUGUUCUCCCUCCCCCUCUUAAUAAUAUAAGACAUUUAAAUUUAUACCUGCCAGUUCAUAACAAGACGACAGUGAGAGGUUUCUCGAGUGGUUAAUUUAAGCCCAAUAAAAACCUCUUAAUGGCAGAAAGACUGUUCAGUGACGUUUUAAGUUGGCUGUUUCUUUUACUGGCGGCUUUGACAUCCAGCCCAGGUCGGUAUUAUAAUUAUAACCUGUAGUUGUUUGAACGGAAAGCCAAAUGCUUUUGUCUUUGUUCUUUGUAUAUGCAUUCUUAAAAAUAUUAAACUUAUACCUUAAUUGCC